UCAGCUUUAACACACCUUGGCUGGGUCUGGAUAAAAAAAGUGGGCACUGCAAAUUCUAGAAGAAGGCGUCAGGGGAAGAGAGACGGGGGAUUUAUUGAAAGUUGUUUCCUUCAAAAUCCCAAGCCAGGUGGCUAUGGUAUGGAUGGAACCAAGAAGAACAAACGAGAUGGCACCGAAGUCACUGAAAGAAUUAUCACUGAAACAGUAACUACAAGACUUACAUCCUUACCACCAAAAGGGGGGACCAAUGGCUAUGCUAAAAUAGGCUCCCUUGGCGGAGGGAGCCGGAUGGAGAAACAAAGCCUGACUCACGGCAGCAGUGGCUACAUCAACUCGAGUGGCAGCAUACGCGGCAACGCCUCCACCUCCAGUUACCGGCGGGCUCAUUCUCCCGCCUCCACCCUGCCCAACUCCCCCGGCUCCACCUUCGAGAGGAAAACUCACGUCACCCGCCAUGGAACAUACGAAGGGAGCUCCAGUGGCAACUCUUCUCCGGAGUAUCCUCGGAAGGAAUUUGCAUCUUCCGCAACCAGAGGACGGAGCCAAACACGAGAGAGCGAAAUUCGAGUUCGACUGCAGAGUGCGUCCCCAUCUACCCGAUGGACGGAGUUGGAUGAUGUUAAGCGUUUGCUCAAGGGGAGUCGAUCGGCGAGUGCGAGCCCCACCCGGAAUUCCUCCAACACACUCCCCAUCCCCAAGAAAGGCACGGUGGAGACCAAAACCGUGACAGCCAGCUCCCAGUCGGUGUCAGGCACCUAUGAGGCAACGAUCCUGGAUGCCAACCUUCCUUCCCACAUGUGGUCCUCCACCCUGCCCGCGGGGUCCUCCCUGGGGACCUAUCACAACAACAUGACGACCCAGAGCUCGUCCCUCCUCAACACUAACGCCUACUCUACAGGCUCAGUCUUUGGUGUUCCGAAUAACAUGGCAUCCUGCUCUCCCACCCUGCACCCUGGACUCAGCACCAGCUCUUCAGUAUUCGGCAUGCAGAACAAUCUGGCCCCCAGUUCAUCUGCCCUGUCCCAUGGCACAGCCACCACUUCCACAGCGUAUGGUGUGAAGAAAAACGUGCCCCAGAGCCCUGCUGCUGUGAACGCCGGCGUGUCCACAUCUGCCGCCCGCACCACCAGUGUCCAGAGUGAUGACCUCUUGCACAAGGACUGUAAGUUCCUGAUCCUGGAGAAGGACAAUGUGCCCGCCAAGAAGGAGAUGGAACUGUUGAUCAUGAGCAAGGACAGCGGGAAGGUCUUCACUGCCUCCCCCGCCAGCAUCGCUGCAACUUCUUUUUCAGAAGACACCCUAAAAAAAGAAAAGCAAGCUGCCUACAAUGCUGACUGCCACCUAAAAGCUGGAGCUAAUGGAGACCUGAAGACUGUGUCCACCAAGGGCAAGGACACUUCUGCAGAAAUUCAUGGCUACGGCCACCACGGCGGCCGAGGCGGCGGCGGGGGCCCGUGGGCAGCGCCAGGCUGGUGCCCCUGCGGCUCCAGCUGCAGCUGGUGGAAGUGGCUGCUGGGCCUGCUGCUCACCUGGCUGCUGCUCCUGGGGCUGCUCUUCGGCCUCAUCGCUCUGGCGGAGGAGGUGAGGAAGCUGAAGGCCCGCGUGGACGAGCUGGAGUGGGCCCGGGGCGAGGUGCUGUCCUUCCAGGAGAAGAUGGAGCGCAGCAGCAAGGACCGCCUGCAGGGCGCGGCGCCCGGCUCGGGCUGGGACGUGAGCAAAACCGGGCUGGACGGGCAGGACCAGGAGGCGCUCUGGCUGUUCGUGCGCGACAAGCUCAUGACGGAGCAGCAAAACGGAAAUCUCCGAGGAAGCCCUGGCCCUAAAGGUGACAUGGGAAGUCAAGGCCCUAAAGGAGAUCGGGGCCUCCCUGGGAUCCCAGGUAUCCCUGGGCCCUUGGGCCACCCAGGUCCAGAAGGACCAAAGGGACAAAAAGGCAGCGUGGGAGAUCCCGGCAUGGAAGGGCCCAUGGGCCAGAGAGGGCGAGAAGGCCCCAUGGGACCUCGCGGUGAACCAGGGCCUCCUGGGUUUGGAGAGAAAGGAGACAGAGGGGAUUCCGGGAAGCCAGGUCCUCAGGGCCCACCUGGUGUCCCAGGUUCUGUGGGUCCCAAAGGUUCCAGCGGCUCUCCUGGCCCACAGGGCCCUCCAGGUUCUAUAGGUCUCCAAGGGCUCCGAGGUGAAGUGGGACUCCCUGGUGUCAAAGGUGACAAAGGACCAGUGGGACCACCAGGACCCAAAGGUGACCAGGGGGAGAAAGGACCCCGAGGCCUUACAGGCGAGCCUGGCAUAAGAGGUCUGCCUGGUGCCGUGGGUGAGCCUGGGGCUAAAGGAGCGAUGGGUCCCGCGGGCCCCGAUGGACAACAAGGCGCAAGAGGUGAACAAGGUCUCACAGGGAUGCCUGGGAUCCGUGGCCCGCCAGGACCUUCUGGAGACCCAGGGAAGCCAGGUCUCACUGGACCCCAGGGACCUCAGGGACUUCCUGGUACCCCCGGCCGACCAGGGACUAAAGGUGAACCGGGAGCGCCAGGCAAGAUCGUGACUUCAGAGGGGUCAUCAACGCUCACUGUCCCAGGCCCCCCGGGACCUCCUGGAGCCAUGGGACCCCCGGGACCUCCAGGUGCCCCAGGCCCUGCUGGCCCAGCUGGUCUCCCAGGACAGCAAGAAGGUCUUGAUUUACGAGGUCCCCCAGGCCCACCUGGGCCACGUGGGCCACCAGGGCCUUCCAUCCCAGGCCCACCAGGACCCCGAGGCCCACCAGGGGAAGGCUUGCCAGGCCCACCGGGCCCACCAGGAUCUUUCCUGACUGAGUCAGAAACCUUCUUCUCUGGCCCCCCAGGCCCACCUGGCCCUCCAGGCCCCAAGGGAGACCAAGGUCCCCCAGGCCCCCGAGGACACCAAGGCGAACAGGGCCUCCCAGGGUUCUCGACUUCAGGGUCCAGUUCUCUCGGACUCAACCUGCAGGGACCACCAGGUCCACCUGGCCCCCAGGGCCCCAAAGGGGACAAAGGUGAUCCUGGUGUCCCAGGAGCUCCUGGCAUUGCUGGUGGUCCCUCUCAAGGAGGGUCAUCGAGCACCACGUACAUGCAGGGCCCACCCGGCCCCCCAGGGCCGCCGGGGGCUCCAGGAUCCAUCAGCAGCUCUGGCCAGGAGAUUCAGCAGUACAUCUCUGAGUACAUGCAGAGUGACAGUAUCAGAUCUUACCUGUCUGGAGUUCAGGGUCCCCCAGGCCCACCUGGUCCCCCAGGGCCUGUCACCACCAUCACAGGCGAGACUUUCAACUACUCGGAGCUGGCCAGCCAGGUCGUGAGCUACCUACAGACUUCAGGGUACAGCGUCAGCCGGUCCUCCACCUCCAUCUCUUCUGAAGACAUCCUGGCCGCGCUGCAGCGGGAUGACGUGCGCCAGUACCUACGUCAGCAGCUGAUGGGGGCCAGUGGGGACGGGUCCCUCCUGUCUUUGGACUACACAGAGCUCAGCAGCCGCAUUCUCAGCUACAUGUCAAGUUCUGGGAUCAGCAUCGGGCUCCCUGGGCCCCCCGGGCCCCCGGGCCCCCCUGGCCUGCCAGGAACAUCCUAUGAGGAGCUCCUCUCCUUGCUCCGAGGGUCCGAAUUCAGAGGCAUCGUUGGACCCCCAGGACCCCCAGGGCCACCAGGGAUCCCUGGCAAUGUGUGGUCCAGCAUCAGCAUGGAGGACCUCUCAUCUUACUUGCAUACUGCCGGCUUGUCAUCCAUCCCAGGCCCUCCAGGCCCUCCUGGUCCCCCGGGUCCUCGAGGCCCCCAGGGUGUCUCGGGAGCUCUGGCAACCUAUGCGACUGAGAACAGCGACAGCUUCCGGAGCGAGCUGAUCAGCUACCUCACGAGUCCUGACGUGCGCAGCUUCAUUGUUGGCCCCCCAGGUCCCCCGGGGCCACAGGGACCACCAGGGGACAGCCGCCUCCUGUCCAUGGAUGACUUCUACCGUCGGAUGAGCAGCUCCUCCUCACACAGCUUGUCCUCCAGCCGGGGCGGCUCCUACACCUCUUCCAUGGGCCUGGGAGGAGCUGGGGGAGGCACCCUGGGCGAAGGGGCAGCCUUUGGUGGGGCCGGAGACGGAGGCUAUGGGGCAGCGGCAGGAGGUGGCAUGUAUGGUGGUGAAGGUGGGCCAUUCGCGGCUGGCUUCGCUGGAGGGCUGGAUUACAAUGAGCUGGCUGUUCGGGUGUCGGAGAGCCUGCAGCGUCAGGGCCUGCUGCAAGGGAUGGCCUACACUGUCCAGGGCCCACCAGGCCAGCCUGGGCCCCAGGGGCCGCCUGGCAUCAGCAAGGUCUUCUCUGCUUACAGCAACGUGACCUCGGACCUCAUGGACUUCUUCCGAACUUAUGGAGCCAUUCCAGGACCCCCUGGGCAGAAGGGAGAGGUGGGCUCCCCAGGACCCAAAGGUGACAGGGGCCCUGCUGGACCACCAGGUCAUCCUGGGCCACCCGGCCCUCGAGGGCACAAGGGAGAAAAAGGAGACAAAGGUGACCAAGUCUAUGUUGGGCGGAGAAGGAGGAGGAGUAUCGCCAUCAAGCCAUGAGCAAGCUUUGGUGGGACAACCCCCUGGACCAGUUCUCAAUGCAUAUGACACUUAGGUCAAAUGUCUCCAGAGGGCGAAAGCUGGAGUCUGUCAAUGUCCUACUGAGACAGCAUAGCCAAAUAGUCACCUAGCAACACUUGUUUUAGUCUGAACAAAAUAUACAUGUAUAGAACUCAGUCAAAGAUACACAAUCUGAAACAGCUUCAUUG